UAUUGAAAAAGUUGCUCUGGGCGGGGCUCCCCCACCGUCCGGACUCUCGGGAGAGUUCGGGUCAGGCAGCUGGAAAGAGCAAGACACACCCAGACCCACAGCCCGCCGCCUGCCAGCUCCGGGACCGCACAGCACCUAGCACCCGCCCGACUGGCGACGCGCGCCGACCUGGCCUCCACGUGCCCCGCGCGGGGGUUUCCGCGUCCUCUGGGCGGAGCCGGAAGAGGAAGUCGGCGCUACAGCGGCGGCCCCAACAGCAGCGGCUGCCCGCACCUCCCCGCGCCGUCCGCGCCCGUCCGACCCCCGACCCGGUCACGGAGACAGCGCCGCGGCGGGACCCGGAACCUGUGCCCGCCGAGAAGCGCCGCGCCGCUGAGCGCCCAGCAGUCCGAUGGGGCCGCAGCGGCCGCUACUCACGGCCGCGACCGCCCUGCUCUGGGGCUUCCUGCUCCCGCUGACAGCUGCUCAGGAAGCAAUCCUGCAUGCGUCUGGAAAUGGCAAACCUUUACCGUCUAAGGACUACUGCAUGCUAUAUAACCCUCAUUGGACGGCUCUUCCAAAUACCCUAGAAAAUGCAACUUCCAUCAGUUUGAUGAAUCUGACUACCACACCACUAUGCAACCUUUCUGAUAUUCCACCUGAUGGAAUAAAGAGCAAAGCAGUUGUAGUACAGUGGGGAACCUGCCAUAUUCUUGAAAAAGCCAGAAUUGCACAAACAGGAGGUGCUGAAGCAUUGUUGGUUGCCAAUAACAGUGUCCUAUUUCCUCCCUCAGGGAACAAAUCUGAAUUUCAUGAUGUGAAAAUACUGAUUGCAUUUAUAAGCCACAAAGACUUUAUAGAUAUGAAGCAGACUCUUGGAGAUAACAUUACUGUAAAAAUGUAUUCUCCAUCAUGGCCUAACUUUGACUAUACUAUGGUGGUUAUUUUUGUAAUUGCUGUGUUCACUGUGGCAUUAGGAGGAUACUGGAGUGGACUAAUUGAAUUGGAGAGCAUGAAGGCAGUGACAAACACUGAAGACAGAGAAAUGAGAAAGAAGGAAGAAUAUUUAACUUUUAGUCCUCUAACAGUUGUAAUAUUUGUGGUCGUGUGCUGUGUUAUGAUGGUCUUACUUUAUUUCUUCUACAAAUGGCUGGUGUAUGUUAUGAUAGCAAUCUUCUGCAUAGCAUCAGCAAUGAGUCUGUACAACUGUCUAGCUGCACUCAUUCGUAAGAUACCGUGUGGACAAUGCACGAUUAUAUUUCGUGGCAAAAGCAUUGAAGUGCGACUUAUUUUUCUCUCUGGACUAUGCAUAGCAGUGGCUGUUGUUUGGGCUGUAUUUAGAAAUGAAGAUAGGUGGGCUUGGAUUUUACAGGAUAUCUUGGGGAUCGCUUUCUGUCUGAAUUUAAUUAAAACACUGAAGUUACCCAACUUCAAGUCAUGUGUGAUACUUUUAGGUCUUCUCCUCCUCUAUGAUGUGUUUUUUGUUUUCAUAACACCAUUCAUCACAAAGAAUGGCGAGAGUAUCAUGGUUGAACUUGCAGCUGGACCUUUUGGAAACAAUGAAAAGAAUGAUGGAAACUUGGUGGAAGCCACUGCUCAACCCUCAGCUCCCCAUGAGAAAUUACCAGUAGUCAUCAGGGUACCAAAGCUGGCCUAUUUCUCAGUAAUGAGUGUGUGCCUCAUGCCAGUUUCAAUACUGGGUUUUGGAGACAUUAUUGUACCAGGCCUCUUGGUUGCAUAUUGUAGAAGAUUUGAUGUUCAGACUGGUUCUUCUUCUAUAUACUAUGUUUCCUCCACAAUCGCCUAUGCUGUUGGCAUGAUACUCACAUUUGUUGUUCUGGUGCUGAUGAAGAAGGGGCAGCCUGCCCUCCUCUAUUUAGUUCCUUGCACACUUGUUACUGCCUCAGUUGUUGCCUGGAGACGUAAGGAAAUGAAAAAGUUCUGGAAAGGUAGCAGCUAUCAGGUGAUGGACCAUCUGGACUAUGCAACAAAUGAAGAAAACCCUGUGACUGCUGGGGAACAGAUUGUUCAACAAUAGUAUUAUGUAGACCUGCAAUAAUGUGUCAGUUGAUUUUCUACGAAUAGAGUUUGACUUUUUAAAUUGACUUUUGAAUUGACAAUCUUAAUGAAUCUUCAGUGAUAUGCUUGCAAAUAUAUAUUUUUAAGAGCUGGUACUGACAAUUACAUCAAAUAAUUGAAACACAUUUGCUUUUAACUAUGUUAAAAUUGUGCCUUCACAUUAAAUAAAAGCAUAUGGUCUGUAUAACUUUGAAGAUCUGUUAUAUACAGUAUAUUUUUCUAAAGAACUGUCUUGACCCACCCCAUACUUUCUUACUGAAAUGUUUCUUUCAACUCCUAGUAAUAGAUAAAAGUAUUUCUGUCAGAGUGAGUUUCUGAACAGAUUUUACUGUCAAGAAUUAUGCAGAUUUUAUGCUCUAUAGAAAUAACUGCCUAAGACCAUGUUAGAAAGCAGUUCAGUGAUGAAAUUUUGGACCUUUUCACUGCAGAGGUUAGAAAAAUAUAAUUGGGGAAUAUAUAUAAAUGGAUAUUUUUGUAGCAUAAGUUUUUUUUAAGUCCCAGUCUUUUUUAAACUUGAAAUCUAAAUUACUUUAGUCUGCCUAUGUAUUAUAUUAAAAUAUUUUUCAAAUAUAAAGAAACAUAAUAUAUAGAACUAGUCAUUAAAAGGUCACAGAAAUUGAAAUCCGCAGUUUUCAGUGGUCUGUUUUUCUUGAAGAGGUAGCUUAAAUUUCUACACUAACAUUCAGUUUUGUCGUGGUAUUCCUUAUCUGUGAAAUUUGGUUCUGUUGAUGUUCUGGCUUGAAAUUUGUAAAAAGUAUUUAUCAACUUCUUUGUUAACACAUGUGGCUCAUUGUGUGAGUACAGCAGACCUAACAGUCUCUCCUCACCCCCUCAACCACCACCUUUUUUUUUUUUCCUAAUUCCCACUCCUUCCCCUAUAAGAAACCAAUGUUAAUCUUUUAAUAUUUUGAUGAAGGAUGGUUUAAUAUGCAAAGUGUGCUUCAGAGGAAAGAAUUGGAGACAAAUAGGAGACUGGGUUAGUCCCAAUUUACUGACAAUAUAAGAAUCUGAGUAAAUUAUUUUAGCUCAAAACCCUUGUAUCUCAAUUUUCAUAUCUGCAAAAUGAGUAAGUUAGACCAACUAAUCACUCUGGUACCUUCCAACUUGAAAAAUAUCUCAUUCUUUGCUGAAUCUCAGUGUGACCUUGAAUAUUAUCCUGGAAGACAGAGGUUGAAGUAUCUUUCCACUGUCUUUUGUUUUAAGAAAUUCCCAAAUGAUGAAUGAUUUCAACAGCAGCAGGAUUUUGCAUUUCUCUGUAAGUAAUGUACAAGAUUGUGAAUAAGUCUGUGAUCUUUCAUUCUAAGGCCAUUUCAGCUGAU